AUGGCACAACAAGAGGAAGGAAAGAGAGUUUUGAUUUUUGUGAGACAUGGACGAUCGAUUUUCAAUGAAUUGUACAAGGAGAGUGAGAGUGAUUGUCCUGCUAGUGAUCCUUGGGUGAUUGAUUCAGAGUUGAGCGAGAGAGGUUUUGAACAAGUUAGACAAUUUAACCAAGAUUUGAACAAGUUAUUAAAUUGUGAUGGAGAGAAGAGAAUAAUUUCGAGUCCAUUGACAAGAUGUAUUCAAACUUGUUUUUGUGUAUUGGAAAGUCAUCAGGCUUUACCAAAAGGCGAAGAGAAAAUUAUUCUCGAUCCUGAUUGUACAGAAUUGGAAGAAUCAAGUUGUGAUGUUGGAUCAACUUUUGAGGAAUUGUCGAAUGGAAAGUUGAAGGAUGUUUUGGAAAACAAUUUUGAUUUGAAAUUAAUUGAAGGAAGAGGAAAGUGGUGGUAUCAAAAUGAAAAUAAUAAGGAUCAAACUCUACAUUUCGAAGAGUGGGACGUUUUCAUGAAAAGAAUGGACCAAUUUAUUGACAGAUUAUUUAACAAGUAUUUUGAAAAGGUUGACACUGUAAUUGUCUUUUCUCAUUUCACAUUCAUUAGAGAAUGUGUGAAUGCAAUUGCUAAAAAGUACAACAAAGAGACAGCUCUUUCAAUAAUUGGAGACCAACCUCAACAAACUAAAUCAAUACCAAUUACUGAUUUGGAAAAUAGAGAAGUUGUAGUAUUACAUUUAUAA